AUGGUCCUGCGAGGAAGUCCGUACAAGUUUUCAAUUCGGGAAGACUGCAAUACGGCGUUAUUGGUGUUCGUCUCUCGAAAAACGCUCUCCCUAAAAUUGUCCUUGUGCACUGGGUGCCAAGGAGAGGGAGUACCGUCUUCGCGACUCGUUUCGGCUACGUCUCACAUUGACGCCGUGCGACGAUUUUUAAAGAUGGUCCAUGUGACGAUCUACGCGAGAAGCGAAAUCGACAUCGAGCCGGACGUGAUCCGUAGAGAAGUCGCCAAAUUACCUGCCACAGCCUCAUCACCCAGGUGUAAGUGGAUCAUCGUUGUUCAACAAUACCAAGGCGACAGUGAUUUGGAUCGACACACACCCCCACAGAGAAGGGUAGUGAAUAGUCCAAGCAAACUCAACUCACAACGAAUGGAGAUGUUCGAGAAAAAAGAUCAAACUAGCCCCACUCCCUCGAGCUCGUUCUCACACCACGACAAAAAAGUGGAUUCACCCCUUCCUGCAAUUUCCUCGACAUUCUCGUCAUCCGUGUCUUCUCUGCAUAAUAGCAGCAAUUCAUUGUUUUUCGGCUGA